AUGGCAGACAUAAACCACCACAUCACACCCUUGAUCCCGGCCGCAACCCACGCGUAUUCAGCACCGUCGCCGCGCCCUCCUUUUGUGGACCUGCUCUUCCCGUUCCUGGCACACAAGGCCGUUGGAACGGGCUGGACGGCAACCCACACCCACCAGCCAAUAUCCACGAGAGCCUAUUCGGACAUCUGCUGCCUGCCGCCUGGAGCUGUUCCUCGUCGACGACCAAUCAUCUCUGCUGAUGUCGACGUUGCACUGUCGAUGCCCGUAUCCGUACCUGUACACCUAAUUAAUCGUUCAAAAAGCCAAGUCUCGUCGACAGUCCCAGUCGCCUGUCCCGAUGCCAUCACGGAGCAUGCCGAAGACAACCCCACUCUCGCCCUUAACCUGUCGUACACGGCCAAGGACAACUUGAGCCCGUCACCCCGUCGCCUCCGCCACGGUUUGGGCCGUGUUUGGAAGCAGGCUGUCCUCCCGCAUCCCUACAACUCCCAAACCGCCCAGUUGCACAUCGAGACGCCUGGGACACACUUAAGGCCCCCCCCCUUUCAAGCCUGGGCUGAGCUCGACUUCCCUAAGGAAGAGCCAGCAUGUGGCCAGUUCGCGCCUUUCACUUUCUUUCCGCCUCCUCGUACUCUCGAUUUUUACGAUACGUAG